AUGACAUAUGAAGCUGACCUUUUGUAUGUACAUACAAGUGCCGCUCUGGGUGACGCCUCUCGGCCGGUAGUGGAGCAAUGUUUGGCCCCAGGUUAUUUUCACUUCCUUCUUUUUCUUACUAUCUCUUUUUUUCUCUUAUUUCCUCUUUCUUUUUGUCUCUUAUUCCCUCUUUCUUUUUGUCUCUUAUUUCCUCUUUCUUUUUGUCUCUUUCUCCUUACGUAUUUCUUUUCCUCUUAUUUCCUCUUUCUUUUUGUCUCUUAUUUGAUUUUUCUUCUUUUUCUUACUUUCUUUUUCUCUUAUAUUCUCUUUCCUUUUCAUUUAUUUACUCUUUCUUUUCGUCUCUUAUUUGAUUUUUCUUCUUUUUCUUACUUCCUCUUUCACUUUGUCUCUUACUUUCUCUUUUUUCUCUCAUGUCUUCUUUCUUUUUCUUUCAUUUUCUCUUUCUUUUCUUCCUCUUUCCUUUUCUUUGUUUUUCUUUUUCUUCUUUUUCUCACUUUCUAUUUCACUUUAGUUCUUCUUUUUUAUCUGACGUCUUCUUUCCUCUUUCUUUUUAUCUGUUCUUUCAUCUUUCUUCUUUUUCUUACUUUCUUUUUCUCUUUUUUCUCUCACGUCCUCUUUCAUUUUCUCUUAUUUUCUCUUUCUUCUUUUUUCUACUUGAUCUUUCUUUUUUUUUUCUCUUACUUCCUCUCUCUUUUUUUCUCAUACGCCUUCUUUUUUUUUUCUUAUUUCUUCUUUCUUGUUUUUCUCUCAUUCGGCCUUUUUCUCUUUUUCUUCUUCUUUUUUGCCUUAUCGUUCUUCUUUUCCUAUAUUUUCAUCAUUCGUUUUUUUUUCUUUAACAACAUCUUUCUUUUUUCAUCUUUUAUUUCUUCUUCCUUCUUUUUUUUUCCUACUUUCUUUCACUUUUUCGAUAUAUUUACGUUUUUCUUCUUACCUUUAUCCUUAGUGGCAUUCCAUCAUCUGUUUCUGCCUGGCUCAUGCCAUUAUAUAUUUAUCUAUCACAGUCCGUUCCUUAUCUAUCUAUCUAUCUAUCUAUCUAUCUCAAUCUGA